AUCAGUGGUGGACGACAUCGGGGCACCUCGUGCUACACUCGGGUCUCGCUCGGUUUUACUGGUUUAUUAUUAUUAUUAUUUUUAUUUUGAAUCCACCACACCGCGUCCGAAUCUUAAACAGUCAACGUGGCUACAGGAUUCAGUUCUUUAUACCACAGCACUCGGAAACUGGCAGAACCUCUUCGUCUUGGAGCUUCAUAAAACUCAGAUCUCAGAUCUUAUUAAGAUCCGGACUCUUCUUCAUCGAGAUGUUUUCUUUCAGGUUAAAAAAGCACCCCAACAUGUCUGAUUACCUCUCAAUCUACCAUCCAAAGUACCUGCCAGGAGAAAUGGUCCUGUGCUUCGGAUUAAGGCAUCAGGGAAGCAAGGAGAACUUCAAGCCUUUAGCCAAAUUAAAAAAGGGAACCUACCCGAUCAACGGGAGCACAGCAGAGCGCAGCGCCUGGUGGACGCAGCUCGACGAGGGUAAAAAGAAAGCCAAAGCGGCCGUGAGAAUCAUGGCCUCCGAGUACGACCGAGCAAUCAAGCAACUGGACAGGAGUCAUUGCAACAGGUUGGAGCUCGAGUCCAAAAUAAAGUCCCAAGAGGAUGAGCUGAACUCGCUGAGGCUGAGACUCCAGAAACAAGAACAAGAAAACGUGCGACUGAAAUAUGAGGUGGCUCGUCAAUAUCAGACCAUAACUGAUCAGUCGGAAAAUUCUUAUCGUGAUGCAGCCAAGAUCCAAUCGCUGAGCUUCAAGCUUAGGAGCCUGACAGAAGAAAACGUGGAACUGAAAGACGAGGUGGCUCAUCAAUCUCAAACCAUAACUGAUCAGUCUAAUAAUUCUCAUCGUGAUGCAGCCAAGAUGCAAUCGCUUAGCUCCAAGCUCAAGAAGUUGAAAGAAGAAAACGCGGAACUGAAAGACGAGGUGGCUCAUCAAUCUCAAACCGAUCUUGAUCGGUCUUUUGACUCAGACCUGCCGGUCAUUCCAGUGGGUGGGACGUACAGAGACGUUGGUAUGACAGAUUACUUCCUCAAUUACUUCCCAGACUUGCAGCACAAUCACUCCAACUACGAUUUCUGGAUCAAGAUACGAGAUUGCCUUAAAUUACGAUGUCGUCCUAGCGAAAUCAUCCAAGCCGUCUUGCUGAAAUGCCCCCGGGAGGCUCGGAAGGCAGUAGAAAAGAACUUCAGCAAGAAGGAUUGGUCGGAGGCUGAUCUUCUCAACUCGGAAACGUUGUGGAGACUGAUAAAAAAGCUUCACUGGUGUAUCUCAGAAGCUCUAGGGCCUGGGACGAACCAGUUCACACUGUACUACUUCCGAACGCAAACUGACGACGAGUCCUUUAGGGAGUACUGUCAGGAGAAGUUCAAGCUGUACUGCUCGUACGGGGUGGAUAAAACAGAGCCCAGUCAGAACGACCUGCAUUUUCUCUACAACGUCAUCGAGAAAGCAAGCAAGAAGUACCGGAACCUGCUGCUGCAGAUACCUAAGAAUUACAACAAUAUGCUGCAGAACGCAAUGAUUCUCGACAGCAUGCUGAUGGAGGCUAACAGUAUGAAUGACUGUUUCAACUGCGGUAGGUCAGGCCACACUAAAGCCCAAUGCAGGAGACCGGGCGGAGACGCAGAGGCCGACCCCAACCAAUGCUAUACAUGUGGAGAAUACAACCACUUGGCCUGGCAGUGCUGGUAUGGGAAGAACCGCAUGUAAAGAGUAACGAUCGAUAAAUAAUUAAGGGUCUUUUUCAACUGCACAGGGUACCUGAACUUUUGAUUGGGUACCAGAUGAGUACCAAGAGCUCUUACUCCAAAACUGAAGCCUCUAGCUGGGCUUUUAAUUCCAAUACCAGUACCAAGGUUCCACUUCCACUACAUCUACAGCAGUUCCAGAGAAUCCAGCAAGUCUCAGUAUCAAAACUCACUCCAAAGGCUUCUAUUUCAGCACCAAAGACUCUAGUUCUGCCAACAAAAGACACCAUUUCAGUACAAAAGACUUUAGUCCUACCAUCAAAAGCAACAAUUUCAGCACCAAAGACUCCAGUACUGAAGUUCCAAGUUCCAGUAUUAAAAGCACCAGCUGCAGUAGUUCUAGUUUUGCCAUCAAAGGUCUCCAUUCCUGCAGCCAAGGUUUCAAAUCUAGUAGCAAAGCAUAUUGUGGUUUUGGGACCAUUUAUUCCAGUUCCAGUACCAGAACUCUUGGAUGCAACCAAAGAUUUCUAGUUCCAGUAUAAACGCCUUAUAUCUCAGUCUCAAUGACUCAAAUUUCUACAUGGUUGACAUUGUCCACAGUCAAUCAAGCUUGACAUCGCCAUGGGAUUGAAGGCUGCUACUACAGUAGCCUGGGUGAAGUAGCCCGGCCUUAACUCCACUUUCUGCAAUUAUUUGAAACGUAGAUUGUAAGGCAGGCCUUAUUGUCCAGCAUCAGCUUGGUCAAAGGGAAUCCCUGGGAUGUCCAGCAAGCUUUCUCUCUCUGUUUUUUUUAUAUGCUGAUUAUGUGUUUUAACUUGCUGCUAAGUAGGCUACAGUAAUCUAGCUAUCAAAAACCACUGCUUACCAACUAGUGCAUGCAUAGAUUUUAGAGACGGACGUAAAACGAAUCAACACAAAAAUGGUUCAGUGGCCAGUCGUGUAGCCUGUGCUGCCAAAGCUGUGGGGUGAACUAAAGUCCACAGAAGUGUGUGCGUGCGGCUCCAGUCUGCAGGUCUGAUAAGCACUUUGUUAUUCUAACUGCAGCCUUGACAGUUUUCAGUUUAUCCAAAACACUGUCAACAUCUAAGCUGCACUAUAUAGCCAAAAGUAUUUGGACACCUGGCCAUGAGCUUGUUGGACAUCAUGUUUCAAAAAUAAAUGCUUUUAAAACAAA